AUGGAAGCUAGGCGUGAAGACACGCCAGUCCCCCGGGGAAGAAGCCCCGUCGCCCGCUCGUCUGCGCGUAAGCGUCGUAGGGACCAAGUCUCAUCAUCACCAGUGGCUCCACGAACUGUGGUGGGCUUGGCCGAGACACUCCGCCGCGUCGUUGAGCGGGAAUUGGCCAAGCGCCAACGCAUUACCGGCCCGGAUGUAGGUCUUCCUGUGCCCCGUUGCGACGACUUUAUUCACGCGCAGGGAAAGGGUAAAGAAAUCGCCAAUGUCAUCAACACCGGCGUCGAGUCGGAGGCCCGCCGUGACCUUGACGUCGGCGGCGUCGAAGCUGGAGGCAGUGUCGAGGAUGGAGGCAGCGUCGAGGAUGGAGGCCGCACCGAGGACAGUGAUGGCGACGAUGUCAUGGAUAUCGAGAGUUUGUACGGGAUGGAGGCCAGUGACCGCUCAAGUCCUCCAUUGAUUGCCAAUCCGUACGGCAUGGAAGACAUCCGUCAGAACUUCAUGCACCUGAGAGAGGAGAUGAACUCUCUUCGACUUCAGGUUUGUUGUCUGCAAGACGACGUGCAUCAACUCGUCGAUACAGUGUCAGCCGCCAGGGCCGAGCUUGCGAAGUGCGCCCCAGGGUCUUGA